AACUUUCUUCCAUUUUUUUCUUUACUUGUUACAUAAAAAAAAAACCACAAGCUUAUACAAGAACAGCAAGAUGAUGGUUGAAACCAAACACUCUGCAGCCAAGCAUGUUAUGAAUGCACCUGAAAAUCUUGUUUCGGACAGUAUUAAAGGGCUCUGUUAUGCAAACCCUCAUUUACGUCUUUUGGAAGAAGACAAAGUCGUAUAUUAUGCCAAUGUCGAUGAAAUGGCCAUGAACCAGGUUACUAUCAUUUCAGGUGGUGGUUCAGGUCACGAGCCUGGCUAUGCCGGUCUUGUCGGUGAGAACUGUCUUGCUGCCAAUGUUUGCGGCCAUGUUUUUGCCUCACCUUCAUCUAGCCAAGUGUUGCACGCUAUUGAAAGAGUUCAAUCUCCUCAUGGUACUCUCGUUAUCAUCAUGAAUUACACUGGUGAUUGUUUGAAUUUCGGUUUGGCUGUUGAGCGUGCCAAGGCACGUGGUAUCAAAGUCGAUUUGAUUGCUGUUGGUGAUGAUGUAGCCGUAGGCAGAUCGAAGGGCGGUAAAGUUGGCCGUCGUGGUAUGGCUGCCACUACACUUGCUAUAAAGUUGGCUGGUGCCUUGGCUGCAAAAGGAGCAAAAUUGGAACAAGUUCGUGCUAUGGCUCAAUAUGCUAUCGAUCAUUCUGCCACUUUGGGCGUUGCAUUCGAUCAUUGCCACGUUCCUGGUUCCACUUCCUUUGCUCAAUUAGGUCCGGAUGAGAUGGAAUUGGGUAUGGGUAUUCACAACGAAACUGGCUUUUUAAAGACCAACAUGAUGCCUGCUCACGAGUUGGUUGUGAAGAUGAUGGAUAUGCUUGUGGAUCAAAAAGAUGAGGAACGUGCUUUUAUUAAGUUACCCGCUGAUAGAAAGACAUCUGUCGUUUUACUUGUCAACAAUUUGGGCGGUACAGCUAUGGUUGAAUUGAAUUUGGUCGUCAAGGAAGCUGUUGAUUACUUGAUGAAGAUGGAGAAUAUUUCUGUAGAACGUGUUUAUACUGGACCUUUCGUCACCAGUUUAAACAUGCCUGGUUUCUCCAUUUCUUUAUUAACUGUCGAUCAUGAACAAAAACUUUUGGAACUGUUAGACGAACCAGUUCGUGUAGCUGGUUGGCCCUUGACCGCUGCCCGUGAAUUCAAUUCUUCUAUUCUCGGCGACAACUCAGCUGCUAAGAAAUCCCCUGAAAUGGUUAUUGAUGAAUCCAAGGGAAAAGCUGAUGCCAAGAAUCUCGAAACUGCCAUUCGUAGUGCCACUGAGGCUGUCAUCGCUGCAGAACCUCGUAUCACUGAUUACGAUACAGUUCUAGGUGAUGGUGAUUGUGGUCACACCCUCAAAACUGCUGCACUUGCUAUUCAAGAAGGGCUGAAAAACUAUGAUUUGACAUCUGCUGCCAAGACCAUCUUGGGUAUCGCUGAUACUAUUGAACGUUCUGUUGGUGGCACCUCUUCUGCCAUCUACUGCAUUUUCUUUAACGCGUUAGCUAGUGGUAUCGUUAAGAAUACUGGCGAUAAGUCUACCGCAAAUGCUCAUGUUUGGGUGGCUGCUGCUCGUCACGCCUUGGCUACUUUAAUGACUUACACGAAGGCUCGUAUAGGCGACCGUACUUUGAUGGAUACAUUGUGUCCUUUCAUCGAUACCUUAAAUAAUGACGCCAGUAAUUUGAAGGAAGCUGUCAAGGCUGCUCGUGAUGGCGCUCAAAGUACAUGCAAUUUAACUGCCAAAUUGGGUCGUUCAUCCUAUCUCUCUAACAAAGAAGUCAUGGAGUCAGGUAUUCCUGAUGCUGGUGCUUAUGGUUUGGCUGAAAUCUUGACUGGUUUGGCCAACGCUCUCAAUAAGAAUUAAAUGUCUGCAUCCUAUUUUCCAAUCUUUUUCAUUCAUUAUCGUAUUUCAUAUCCCUUUCUAUUCACAUAUACUACUCCUUUUUGGCUCGCAUAUUGUAUCAUAACUCUCCAAUUUCUGCAUUUUUAGCAUAUAGCAUAUUCGUUACCUCGAGCAUUCCAUUAUGGUUAAUAAAUCCACAAAAGGUGCUG